AUGUUCUUCUUCGAGACUGCCGUCGGCACUGGAACGGGCAUGUUGCGUCUAACCCAAGCAGAGAAUGGAGUUUGGAAGGCCUACACUGUGUAUACGUCGUUGCAGGAGCUUAGCUCGUCUCGGGAGCCACUCGGGAAGCGUCGGGCGGAGGGAACGACGGAGUCGAUGCCUGGUGACUUGGCUGGGGGUACACGGAUCGAGCGCAGGAGUCGACAGAAGAAUUUUUUGGAUAAGGAGCCUGCUACGUUGGUUAUCGGGGCUGGCCAAGCUGGAUUGAAUAUGGGUGCUCGUUUGCAGAGCCCCGGAAUUUCGUACCUGAUUACCGAUCAAAAUGAGCGAGUUGGAGAUAACCGGCGCAACCGUUAUUGGACGGUUGUCCUCGCGCGCGGCGAUGGGUCCCAACGUACAGUCCGGCCUCGUCACCUUGUAUGGUGUACCGGACACUCAGGGAAGGCUAGGAUUCCCUCUUUCCCAGGACAAGAAUAUUUCCUAGGUAGUGUGUAUCAUAGUAGCCAGCACCGCGAUGCGUCAGAAAGCGAAAUUCGUGGUAAGAAGGUUGUUGUCGUCGGUUCCGGUAACAGUGGUCACGACAUCGCACAGAACUUUUAUGAAAACGACGCAGAUGUCACUCUGCUGCAGCGCAGUGGGACAUAUGUUAUAACCGCCGAGAAGGGUAUAUUUAUGAUGCACAGUGGACUGCACGAAGAUGGCGGUCCACCAACCGAACAAUGUGACAAUGUCUCCGAGAGUCUUCCCUGGCCAGUUCAACUCGAGUUGAGCGUACAUAUGACGAAGACCAUUGCGGACGUCGAAAAGGAAACGCUAGACGGACUGCGUCGGGUCGGUUUCGAACUUGAUUUCGGACAAGAUGGGGCUGGUCUUACGCGCGCAUACUUCACUCGCGGUGGAGGUUACUAUAUCGACGUCGGAUGCAGUCAGCUUAUCAUCGAUGGCUAG